AUAAGAGAGAUACAAAAAGCAAAGCAAACCCAAAGCCCGAAUGGUAUAGACUUUGAGUUUGAUGCUGAUUCAAUUACAGCUCUUAUUAUCAAAAGUCAAGUCAAUAAUCAAACACACACACACACACUGAAACGGAUCUCAAAUCCAAAAUCCAAAACCAAACAUGGCGGAGCACUUGGCGUCGAUAUUCGGAACUGAGAAAGACAGGGUGAACUGCCCUUUCUAUUUCAAGAUCGGAGCGUGCAGGCACGGCGACCGGUGCUCGAGGCUCCACACGAAGCCCACAAUCAGCCCAACGCUCCUUCUCUCCAACAUGUACCAGCGCCCUGACAUGCUCACCCCAGCCCCGGCUCUUAACCCCCAAACUCAGCCCAAUCUCGACCCUCGUCACAUCCAAGACCACUUCGAAGACUUCUACCAAGACCUCUUCGACGAGCUCAGCAAGUACGGCCACCUCGAGAGCCUCAACAUCUGCGAUAACUUGGCCGAUCACAUGGUUGGGAAUGUGUAUGUUCAGUUUCGUGAGGAGGAGCACGCGGCGAAUGCGCUGAGGAAUCUCAAUGGAAGGUUCUACUCAGGGCGUCCUAUCAUCGUUGACUUCUCGCCAGUCACUGAUUUUCGUGAAGCUACAUGUAGACAGUAUGAGGAAAAUGUGUGUAAUCGUGGUGGCUACUGCAACUUCAUGCAUCUGAAAAAGAUUAGCAAGGAGUUGAGGAGGAAAUUAUUUGGGAGAAACAGAAGAAGGCGUAGUCGCAGUCGAAGCAGAAGCCGCAGUCCUGUUAGGAACCGUGGUUAUGAGGAGCAUUCACGUGGUGGCCGUGGUUUUGGUAGAGGUGGUGGUGGUGGUCGUGGAUUUGGUAGAAGAGAUGAUGACAGAGAUUUCCGUUCCUUCCAUGAUAGGGGCAGGAGGCCGAGAAGCCGCAGUCCUGGACGUAGAGGGGAACGAAGCAGAAGCCCUGGAGGAAGGAGGAAUAGGAGUCCUGUCAGGGAAAGUAGUGCUGAAAGAAGGGCUAAGAUUGAGCAAUGGAAUAGGGAAAGGGAACAGACAGAAUCUGGUGUUCCGAACCAUGAGGAUAACAUUGACAAUGACAGCAAUGGCUUUGAACAGAAUGAUCAGUAUAAUGAGCCUGAGCAACAUCAGCAGCAUGAUAGAUACGAUGAUUAGCCCCAUCAGACUUGUCUGGUUUGGCUGUCAUUGUCUGUGGAGCAUUGUGUGCAGGACCUGAUGUGAGUGUUGUGAAAGCAUUGCUGAAAUCUCCUCGAGCUUCUUACAGGAGAAAACUGCUGAAAAAUAUUGUCAAGAUUUCUAUUUUAGAGAACAGAUUUAAGCUAUAUAGGACCUUAGAAACAGUAGUGAUCUGAUUUAAUUAUGCAGUUCCAUCUGGUACAAUAUUUUAGUUUUUCAACUGUAAUGUUGAACUCUUCGAGUGUCAUUCUGUUGUAGACUAAGUAUUAAUUUGGCUAUUAAAGUUUUCUUGGUUAAA